AUGGUUGGGAUUGGCGGCGGGGUCCCUGGGGAGGACUUUGACAUUCGUUUAGGCGACAUAGUUGUUGGUACUCGCGUGGUGCAGCACGAUCUUGGGAAGAUCAUGGGAACUGGGCGAAUCCAACAUACUGCAGUCCCGAGGACUUUGGCCCAUCUGAUUGGCAAAGCUUUAUCGUGCCUACAAGCGGAGCAUCAACCGCAUAGCAGCCGGAUUCCCCUCAUAUUGGAAGAAAAGUUCAAAGCGUAUCCAGCCUACGCCCGCCCAACUACAGCGGAUCGUCUCUUCUCUUCAGCAUACCAGCACAAAUCUCGAGCACAAAGCUGCGAUGAAUGCAGCCCUUCGGCACUGAAACGGAGAAGCGAGCGGAAUACAGCUAAUCCAUAUAUCUAUUAUGGUACCAUCGCCUCAGGAAAUCAAGUUAUAAAAAGCUCAACAGUUCGCGACAAGGUCUCCCAGGAACUCAAUGCCAUUUGUUUCGAGAUGGAAGCGGCUGGCCUUAACGAUAUAUGCCCCUGUCUGUCAGUACGGGGAAUCUGUGAUUAUUCUGACUCUCAUAAGAGCAAGGAAUGGCAAGAAUAUGCUGCCGCCACCGCUGCCGCAUUUGCAAGAGAAUUCCUGGAAAAGCUCCCUCCUACAGAAGAAAUCUCUGCAAGCACACCGGAGAGUGUCCAAGAACAGGACGAUUGGCUUCAGAACGAAAAGUACAGCAAGAUUUUGCGCGAUCUGCGCGAGACUGAUCCUCGUGAUGACAAAAGCCGUAUCGAAGAUACGAAAGGUGGACUGCUGGAAGAUGCGUACCGCUGGAUUCUUGAGAACGACAAAUUUAAAGAAUGGUAUAAUGCUUCCCAGAGUGAGCUUCUUUGGAUCAAAGGCGACCCUGGCAAGGGUAAAACAAUGUUGCUAUGUGGGCUCAUCAAUGAAUUUGAGAAAGAGCAUUGUCUCUUGUCCUACUUCUUUUGUCAAGCCACUGAAGCACGAUUGAGUAACGCGACAGCCGUGCUCCGUGGUCUGAUCUACUUGCUUCUUGUUAAAUGUCCUCCGCUUAUCUCUUACAUCGAGGAGAAGCAUGAUCAUGCGGGCAAGCAGCUCUUUGAGGAUGGUAAUGCAUGGCAAGCUCUCUCCAAGAUCUUCAAGGCAAUGAUCGAGGACCCACUACUAGAUGGCGUUCUCCUGAUUGUUGAUGCUCUUGACGAGUGUACAACAGACCAAGAGAAGCUUCUUGACUUGAUAAUCAGGUCUAGUAAUGUCAAGUGGAUCGUGACUAGCCGUAACUGGCUGGAAAUCGAACAGAUGCUAGAUCGUUCCACUCAGAAAGUCAGACUUCAGCUUGAAUUGAAUCAAGACUCAGUUUCCAAGGCCGUCGAGACAUUCAUCGAUUGGAAGGUGGAGGAGUUGGCUAGAAACAAGCAAUACGACGCAAAGCUCAGAAGCGACGUCAAGAGCUAUUUAGCUGACAAUGCUGAUGGAACGUUCCUAUGGGUCGCUUUGGUUUGUCAAGGGCUCUCAGACAAUAAGGUGCUGCGUAAACGUCACACCCGCCUCAGGCUAGAAGAAUUUCCGAAGGGACUUGACUCGCUGUAUGGAAGAAUGAUGGAAUAUAUCUCUUCUCUACAGGAUGCAGAGAUAUGCAGAGAGAUACUGGCUCUUGCUUCUGUUGUGCGUCGACCGGUUAACUUAACUGAGUUGAAAACUCUUUUGGGGUCACAGUAUGAGGAUGAUGAUGGUGACCUGGCAGAAGUCAUUGGUUGCUGCGGUUCUUUCUUGACACUCCGGGAAGAUACUAUCUACUUCCUGCAUCAGUCGGCCAAAGACUUCUUGAUAAAAAGGGCGUUAGACCAGAUUUCACCGUCAGGUCUUGCAUAUCAACAUAGGCUUAUCUUCGAGAGGUCGUUGCAGGCACUUUCUGAGACUCUGAGACGUGACAUCUGCCAACUCGGCCAUCCGGGGUUUAAGAUCGAUGACGUGUCAACCGAUAUGCUCAAGCCGCUGGAUCUCAUUCGAUACUCCUGCGUUUAUUGGGUAGAUCAUCUUUGCAACGCUGAAACCUCCAGGCUCAGUGAUACUCUGAGAAACGGUGGCGAUAUUCACGUAUUUAUCCAAGAGAAGUAUUUAUACUGGCUGGAAUCUCUCGGUCUCUUAAGUAACACCGUAGAGGGAGUCAAGGCCAUGUACAAGCUCGAGGAACUGGCUACUAGAUUCACCGCACCAUUCCCAGUGACGAUACUGCUUCGAGAUGCGCGCCGUUUUAUGCUCACCCAUAGGAGAUCGAUCGAGAUCGCCCCAUUGCAAGCUUAUGCCUCAGCACUAGUCUUUAGUCCAGAGUCUAGCUUCAUUCGUGAGCUAUUCAAAGAUGAAGAGCCGAACUGGAUGGUACUGAAGCCAAAAAUGGACAAGAACUGGGACAAUUGCAUACAAACCCUUGAGGGCCAUGGCCGUGGAGAAGUAUCGGUGGCCGUCUCACCAGACGGUCGGCUUAUUGCAUCGGUUGGACGCGAUCGGACAGUUAAAAUAUGGGAUAUAGCAACAGGCGUAUGUCGACAUACUCUAGAGGGUCAUGAGGGCCCUAUCUUUUCUGUCGCCUUCCUGCCAGAUGGAAAACGUCUCGCAUCGACCCUAUACACUAUUAAGAUAUGGGACACAAAAACAGGAUUAUGUCUACAAACGCUAGAGGGUCACGACAGAUUCGUGGCUUCAGUGGCUUCCUCUCCAGAUGGUCAAUAUCUUGCAUCGGGAUCUUCUGAUCAGACAAUUAAGAUCUGGAGUUCAAAAACAGGAAAAUGUCUGAAGACUUUUAAAGGCCACACUGGAGCGUAUGUUCAGUAG